CGAAUGAGUGAGUACCACCAAAUGCCAAUGACUAUAUUGUAUUGUAGGACACCCUUGUUCUCCACUCUACCAGAUUCUUAGACAAAUUUGACACUAAUCAUUCAAAUCUCGAGACAAAAUUAUCUUUGUUUUUGAGCUAAUUUUUCAAACCCCAAAAUCCAAGGACACACACCCUUAUGUUUCGUUUUCUUACUCCUUUCAGCAUCAUCUGCUAGAACUUCUUUAUUGGCACCAUUUUCCUUACAAACUGUCGUUUUUUCUGCAACCUUUUUUUCAGAAAAAUCCAAGAUUCUCACUUUUUGACAUUACAUUCUCACUUCUCACUCAAGAUCUAUCAGUGGUUCUUUUUUCCCCAUUUUUAGUGAAUUUUAAUUUUUUUAUGAUUGUAUUUUCUGGCCAUGGUUCUGUUUUUGGCAGUAUUUUUGUGCUUUUUUGAUGUGAUUGGAGCUGCUGAUAGUAAUCUUUCUCCAAAGGGUGUCAACUAUGAAGUGGCUGCAUUGAUGUUAGUGAAGAACAAGAUGAGAGAUGAAAAGUACCAUGUUCUUGAUGGUUGGGAUAUUAAUUCAGUUGAUCCUUGCACUUGGUAUAUGGUUGCUUGCUCUAAUGAUGGUUUUGUUAUCUCUCUUGAUAUGGCUAGUAUGGGAUUGUCAGGAACCCUAUCUUCUAGUAUUGGGAACUUGACACGACUUCGCUCAGUUUCGAUGCAGAACAAUCAGCUGUCUGGUCCAAUUCCAGACGAGAUUGGGAAACUCCAAGAGCUUCAAACUCUCGACCUCUCAGGUAACCAGUUUAGUGGUGAGAUUCCUGACUCGAUUGGUUACCUCAGCCGUCUAAAUUACUUGAAAUUAAGUAGAAAUAAAUUGUCUGGACAGAUUCCUAAACGCGUUGCAAAUCUUUCAGGUCUUUCAUUCUUGGAUUUGUCAUUUAACAAUCUCACUGGUCCCACGCCAAGAAUAUUAGCAAAAGCAUACAGUGUGACAGGGAACACAUUUCUUUGCUCUUCUUCUUCUUCUUCCCAAGUUUGCAUCAAUGGAAAGAAGCCUGAAAAUGACACAAGUCAUACAGCUAUCUCAAAAUCAAGUCAUCAUCGUCGAUGGGAAAUCCCAGUGGCUGUUGGUGUUGGCUGCACAUUUGUGAUUUUGAUAUUGCUGAUAAUUGGAUGGGUCCACUACUACAAGUCCCGUCUUCUCAUGACAUCAUAUGUGCAGCAAGACUAUGAAUUCAGUAUUGGUCAUGUGAAGAGGUUCUCGUUUCGUGAACUUCAAGCAGCUACAGGAAACUUCAAUCCCAAAAAUAUACUAGGAAAGGGUGGUUUUGGGGUUGUCUAUAAAGGUUGUCUACCAAACAAGACUAUGAUUGCAGUUAAAAGGCUGAAAGACCCCAGUUUCACCGGUGAAGUACAAUUUCAAACAGAAGUGGAGAUGAUUGGUUUAGCUUUACAUCGGAAUCUUCUGCGUUUAUAUGGAUUUUGUAUGACACCUAAUGAGAGAUUGCUCAUAUAUCCUUACAUGCCAAAUGGAAGUGUUGCAGAUCGGUUGAGAGAUCCAUGUGGGGAUAGGCCUACUUUAGAUUGGUGCAAGCGCUUGCAUAUUGCUCAGGGAGCUGCUCGUGGACUCUUGUACUUACAUGAGCAGUGCAAUCCAAAAAUUAUUCAUAGGGAUGUGAAAGCUGCUAACAUCUUGCUUGAUGAGAGUUUUGAAGCUGUUGUGGGAGACUUUGGCCUUGCAAAGCUUUUGGACAGGAGAGAUUCUCAUGUUACUACUGCUGUGCGUGGUACUGUUGGUCACAUUGCCCCGGAGUAUCUUUCAACUGGGCAAUCUUCGGAUAAAACUGAUGUCUUUGGAUUUGGCGUUCUACUUUUGGAACUUGUUACAGGGCAAAAGACAGUAGAUGCUGGCAAAGGUCAGGCUCAGAAGGGAAUCAUGUUUGACUGGGUGAAGGCAUUAUAUGAAGAGAAGAAGUUGGACGUGCUUGUGGACAGGGAUUUAAAGGGAUAUUUCAAUGCUGAUGAGCUAGAGAAAACGGUGGAAUUGGCUCUUCGGUGUACUCAAGCUAAUCCUAGUCUCAGGCCAAAGAUGUCUGAAGUUUUGAAGAUUUUAGAAAGUAUUGCAGGGCAAUCUGUACAUGGAGAUGAAUUGCAUGCCAGAAGCUCUCUUCCUGAGGAUAGAUCUUGUAUUACCAGUUUCUCUAGGAAUUACAGCGAUGUUAACGAGGAACAUUCCUUUGUAUUCGAAGAUAUUGAGCUAUCUGGCCCUAGAUGAUUCGCAUUGUAAUUAUUGUAUGAAUGGCAAAUAGUCCUAUGAUUUUGUAAAUUGCUUCUUUAUCUCUAAAUAAUACAUCAGUUCACAUUUUCA